AUGCUCCCCGGCGGAGCUUUUCCGCCACUUUUCUCGGCCGCUCUCAUGCAACAAUUCCCUACCCUACAGCAGUUCCAAUCUCAAUUGGCUUGUCUUCAACAGCAAUCCGGAUCUCCUUUGACUCCAUUGAGAAAAACGAGAGUCGGCGGGAGUAGUGUCAAAACGGCUAAGGUUUGGAAAUAUUUCGAUCAAUUGCCCGUCGAAGAACAAGCAGCCGAAUGUCAACUAUGUCGAAAGAAAAUCAAAGCGACAAAUAGCAGCACAACCGGCAUGAUUCGUCAUUUGCGGAGUUGUCACGUGGCUGAAUAUCAAUUGUUACAAGAAGCUCGUCAAACAGGAAUUCCAUGCAAAUUUGAAGAGAAACGGAUGUCUUCAGUGAAAGAUGGGCAUCCAGCCGUUGUUGUCGGCACUCCAACAUCAAUUGUUCAUCAACAAAAAUCUCCAUCAUCACUCUCGUCUGCUUCCGACACAACUUCAUCCAUUUCAACUACCGCUUCUCCACCAUUUCACUCACUUUCAACUCUUGCAUCCACUGUGUCUCCUCUUGUCCCUCCACUCGGUCUCCCGGCUCCCAAAGCCAUCAUUCCGAAUGCAGCAAAACGGGUCGAGCAAUUAACAGAAGCUGAAGAAGAGGAAGAGGCCACUGAUUUGCGAACGAAAUCGUCGACUCCUUCAAAUGGUCCGACCGCUUUUUCAAUUGUUCGCUCGACAUUUCCCGAAACCUCCAAAUCCGAAUCAAUCUAUGUUAAUUCGAGUCUCGAUUCGGUGAAACUUCACACGCAAGUUGCAAUGAUGAUUCUUUUGGAUGGACAACCGGCAAAUAUCGUUGAUCGACCUGGUUUUCGUGGUCUUUUGAGAUUGCUUCUCCCAAUGCACACUUUGCCGUCUUCAGAUCGCUUCGAUUCGGAUAUCAUUCCCUCAACUCUCACACAACUCAGACACGAAUUGGCUCAACAAUUCUUGAUCAACAACCCCCAUAGUCCACUCGCAACUCUCGCCGGUCUCUCGGCUCUCCAUCACAAUGCAACGCCUCUCGAUAUGACGAUCAAAGAGGAGCCGAUUGCGAAAGAUGAGAAUCCGGAGAGUCCAGAAAACGAAGAGGAACCAAUUCGAGUUGAAGAGGAUAGUGAUUCGGCGAGUAGUGCGGACAGUGAACGAGUCGACGAAUCAUCGAAAGUGCACCGAAAAUCAAUCAACGUGAAGGCUGAAAUGAGAUCAACGAGCUCCGCAUCGGGCGAGCCAUGGGUGUUGAGUACUCUUCAGCGAUGUCGGGCUCUUUCACUUGUUUUUCAUUCUGUCGGUCUUUCCACAUCUUUUCAUCCACCGCGUCCAUCUGAUCCUCAUUCAACGCCCGACGUUCGACAAGAUGUCGCUUUUGUCACCAAUAAUGUAGAUCAAAUCAAUCAAUGGCUUCAUGAUCAUCCCGAGAGUGGCUUAUCCGAGGUAUCCGAUGAAGAGAGAUCUCUUCUCUUGGCUCUUCAUCAUCAACUUCAAUCGAUCUCUAACGAUUCAUCGAAAUCUUCU